AUGCGGUUGGCAGUUUUUGUCGGAUUCACGUUUGCGUGUGUGUUCAACAGCAUGUGCGAGAUAGAGGAGGCGGUCGUGGCCACAAAUUAUGGCGAACUGCGGGGCAGACGAUUGGAGAUCCUUGGUGCCAAGGUAGACGCAUUUCUCGGAAUACCAUACGCCGACCCACCAGUCGGAAAUACGAGGUUCAGCCCCGCUAAUCCGUGGAGUACGGAGUGGAGCGGUGUCCGCAACGCUUCUUCCUUUGGUGCUGCUUGCUGGCAGAAAAAAUACCCGCCGCCAAUUGAUCAUCCGGGUCAUAUUUGGUGGACAACUACAGAUGAAUGCAGCGAAGAUUGUCUCUUUCUAAACGUUUGGACCCCAUAUCCCGCACCCAGCGAUGCCCCGGUCGUCGUUUUUAUUCAUGGGGGUAGUCUGAUCGCAGGGACGACGUCAGCAUCGCUGUACAAUGGCGCUACUUUAGCUGCAGUGGAAAAUGUUGUCGUAGUAAGUAUGAAUUACCGCCUCGGACUACUUGGUUUUUUAUCUUUCUUCACUGAGAAUGAACCAGGUAACCUCGGUUUGCUGGACCAAGCCAUGGCGCUUCUGUGGGUGAAAGAUAAUAUUGAACAUUUUGGCGGGAACGCGGACUCGGUGACGUUAAUCGGUCACAGUGCCGGAGCGGCAAGUGUUGGUUUACACCUGAUGUCUCCAGCUAGCCGGCCGUUUUUCAGAAGGGCGAUAUUACAGAGUGGCGCGCCAAAUACUGGAUGGACUAUGACAUCACGAGCCCAAGACUUGUGGGUGGCGGGAAAACUGGCGAAAAAUGUACACUGCCCAACUUGGUUAGAUAGUUCCAACCUAUCGUACGAGUCCGUAGUAAUAGACACGUUAAGAUGUUUGCGUGAGCGAGGUCCCCAGAACCUGGUUAAUUCGGACCCGUUAGAUGCGAGUAAAACCGUCGGAGGUUACGUCGUCGUAGACGGUUUUUUCUUGCCGGACAAUCCGCAGUUGAUCCUAGCUGACAGUGAUAUGAAGCAAACAUCGAUCAUAAUAGGCACGGUGGAUGAAGAAUCUUUGUUAAAUAUGGGGCAUUUGCCCAAAUUCCGAUUUGAUAUCCCGAAAGUCGAAGCAGUACGUAAUACCUACUCAGCGGACGAUUAUAAACAAUCGAUCGAUUUAUUAUUCCCAUACGUGGAUCAGUCGGUACGAGAUGUCAUUUGGUUUGAAUAUCGUGACUGGUUUGACCCUAACAAUGGGACCAAACUUCACCGCUCAGUCAUUGACAUGUGGGAGGACUUUUGCAUGGUUUGCCCCAUUAAAGAAUUCGCAAAUUUUUAUGCAGAGGCUGGUAACAAUGUAUAUGCCUACAAUUACGACCAUCGUUCAUCCAAAAGUCCCUGGAAAGAAUGGCUUGGAACCGUGCAUGCCGACGAAUUAUUGUUCACCCUCGGACUUGCCAUGCAUGACGACGAAGGAUUGGAAGACAUGGAAAAACAAUUAAGCCGUAAGAUUCUCAAAUACUGGGGGAAUUAUGCUAGAACCGGGUGA